AUGGGAAAGUCGCAAAAGGGAAAGGACAAGCCAGGGGUCAGAGCGGCCGUCGCCCCGGCGGCGAGCGCAAAGAUCGGGCGGGAGUCCAGCGCGUGGCCGUCCACGUGCAAAUACCUCACGAGUCUGGUAUGGGGAGACGACGUCCGCCGCGACAAGGAUGUCUACCAAAAAUACAAGCGCUCCGCCGACGGCAAGCACGUCGAGGCGAAUGCGUCGGCGACGAAACGGAACGUGCGAUGGCAGCUCAUCACGGACGAGCGACAUCCCGCGAAGGGCGAGUACGGGCUGUUCGCGCAGCGCAAGAUGGAGCGAGGCGAGCACAUCAUCGACUACCUCGGCCUCGUGACGCUGAAGGGCAACGAGUCGAAGACCUCGGAUUACACCGCAUCGUUCGGCGACGACAACGAGCUCGCGCUGGACGCUGAGCUCAUGGGAAACGAGGCGAGGAUGAUCAACGAUUUCAGAAACACGGGUAAGCGUGCCAACGCGUUGUUCGACCAGUACAGGGACGCCGCUGGGGACCUCAAGCUCGGCGUGUUCGCGGGGCCUCACGGCGUUAACAAGGCUGACGAGGUUCUGGUAUCAUACGGCAAAGGUUUCUGGGAGAACCGGCUGGCGUCGAUGGGGGCGGUAAAUAUGGCCGAGUUUUGCGGCUACCGGGCUCCCUCCCACGACGAAGCGGCAGAAGCGUAG